UCCGGCUGCGCGCUGCUCGCCCACCGGUAGCUCCCCCCACAGCAGGCUCGGGCUGGCGGCCUGGGGCUCGCAUGGCCCCGUGACCCCUCCCCCAGCGGCGACCCCCUUCGGCUGGCUCUGGCGGCACCAUGCUGGGCUCGGACGCGUGCGAGUUCGGCGGGCAGCUGCUGGAGCUGCUGCGGCUGGCGGUGUGCGCCCGAGAUAUCAUGGUGGACAAGGAUGGUGUGAUGCCCCCCCUGGAGGAGGAGAUGGAUGAUGUGCACUUGGCGUACAGGGCCCCGGAGAAGAAGACCCUCCAGGAGAUCCAGCAGCUGGAUGAGGGCGAUGAGAGCUUGAACAAAUACAAGCGGGUGCUGCUGGGGCCCAUCCCAGUGGGUGUCGAUCCCAGCGUGGCUAACGUCACCUUGACGAGACUGACUCUGCUGUGUGACCAGGCUCCAGGGCCCAUCACCAUGGACUUAACAGGGGAUCUGGAGGCGCUGAAGAGCCAGUCGUUUGUGCUGAAGGAAGGGGUGGAUUACAGAGUGAAGAUCUCGUUCAAGGUGAACAAAGAGAUUGUCUGUGGCCUGAAGUAUUUGCAUCAUACCUACAGGAAAGGCUUGAAAGUGGAUAAAGACGUCUACAUGAUGGGCAGCUAUGGACCCCGCGCCGAGGAGUACGAGUUCCUGACCCCCCCGGACGAGGCCCCCAAGGGCGUGCUGGUGCGGGGCACCUACCACAUCAAAUCCUUCUUCACUGACGACGACAGAACGGACCAUCUCUCCUGGGAGUGGCACCUCUGUAUAAAGAAGGACUGGAAGGAUUGAAGCCCUCCCCUCCUCCCCAUCCUCCCCCAUCCAGACUAACUUUAACAUGAAUUAGGGGCAAACGAGCCUUACUGCAAACACAAGGGCUCUGGUGCCGCUUCCCGGGUCUAGCCAAGUCAGGCAGCCGAACAGGGCACCAUGGCCCCCCGCUCUAGUGCUUCUCUCCCCUCUGCCAUCUGCAGCCACGUCCCCCCCAUAGUACAUUACCCCAAGCAGGCUGCUGAGCCCUAGUGUGAGCCAGUCCCUCCCCUGCCCACUCCCUGCUCUGUGCCUGUCUUUACUUCGUUAAGGACUAGGGAGUGCAGGACUCCCCCUCCCUAGACUCUGCUGCUGCCCAGCGGGCCCCUCUCGGUGUUGAGCCCAGCUCCCCUCAGCAUGGCACAGGGCUCACUGUGUCCCCAGCUGCAGGUAUUAGGGCCUCCUGCCACUUUCACAAGGUUCUUCCAGACAGCCGCUCCCAAAGAUCACCACCAUGCCCCUGCCAUU